GAAACCGAAAGCGGCCCGGUGCGGGGAGAGGUAGAGGCCGCCAUGGCGGGGCAGCGCCCGGGCUCCUUCCCGCUGCUGGUGCGCGGUGACUGGGGUGCUGCCGAGCCUCCGCUCGCCCUGAAGAAGAAGCUUCUCUGCUACUUCCAGAGCCAGAAGCGUUCGGGUGGCGGCGAGUGCGAGUUGCAGGCCGCAACCGGGACCGGGCAUCUCCUGGUCUGCUUCGCCCAGCCCGACGUGAGGCAGCGGGUGCUAAAACAGCGGGUCCAUGAGCUCGACUGGGGACCCAGAAAGCGACUGUCACUGCUCGUCACCGAGCUGCCUGCGGACGGCGACCCCGUGCAGGAGUUCGGACCGGAUGGUGGGGCCGAGGCGCCAGAACCAAGUGACAAAUCUGAAGCAGAAGAAGCAACCUCUGGGAAAUCUAUCAUAGUAACUACUGCCUUUGGGGAGGAAAUAGAAGAUUACUUUGUGGAAAUGUACUUUGAAAAUAAAAAGAAGUCGGGUGGAGGGGUCAUUGAGUCCUAUGUCAAAAAGGAUCAGCAAAUUAUCAUUACUUUUCAGGAUGAGAAAGAUGCCCAAGAAGUUUUGCAAAGGAAGCAUCACUCCGUGAACAAAAUUGUUCUGUUCGUCAAGCCAUUUGAAGUGGAGGAGUCUCAAGAACCCCAGCUUUCCACCACAGUUGUGCUCGAAAACGUGCAGGAGACCGUGAAAGAGUGCAUGUUAAUUAUGCUGGUAGAGAACAUCAGUGGCUUGUCAGAGGAUGAUGGUGACUUCAGUGUGGAAAUGAUACCUGAAUUACAUGCUGCUGUAGUUACUUUCACUGGAAACAUUGUUGCAGCAGAAUUUGCUGAAAAUCUUAAUCAAAACCAUAGAGCAAAGCAGCAAAAUAUUACUGCAUGGUGCCUUGAGCUAACAAAUUGUGUUAGGGUUGAAAAUAUACCACCUGACACACCCACUGACUAUAUAACUGUCUACUUUGAAAAUAAGAAGAAUGGAGGUGCCCAGGUGGUGCGUGUUCAGCAGCUGCCUGAUGAAGAUGCAGCUGUCAUUACGUUCAAUGACCAUAAAGAUGUAACCAAUAUCUUGGCAAAGCAGCAUUCACUCUGCAAAUCACCAAUCUCUGUCUACCCUUACUACACCUCACUGGGAACAGCUCUAUAUGGAAAAGAAGGGCCACAAAUAAAGAUGCCAGAUCCGGUUACGGUGCUUCUGGAUUCAUAUAUCUGGUGUUACUUGCAGAGCAACAACAGGCUGACUGAGGCCAUUAGCUGUGAAAUGGCAAAGUGUAAUUGUGUGGUAACGUGGCCUGAACCCCACUGUGCAGAGCCAAAAGUUACUUUGCAUCCUUCAGACGCUUUGUCUGAGCGGAGGAGAUUAGUAUCUCAGUUGGUCAAGACAUGGAAGGAAAAUGUUACCACAGUGUUUUCACAAACCCUAUCGAAGUAUGAAGCAGUUAAAUGUGAAGUCAGUGCAGAGGUGUGGUGUGACAUUAAAAGCAGCUUUACCCACAACGAACUUAUGAUAAUCCCAUGUCUUUCCAGUGAGUUACUUAUUCUAGUGGGUGAAAAAGAAGUUGUGAAGAAUGUUGAAAAAGAACUGAAGAUUCUGAUAGAAAAAACCACCAGAAAAAUUGAAAGAGAAAAGCAAAGCACUGAAGAAAUAGUGGAAAUGGGUCCAGGGGACUAUGCAAUUUUACAGAGUGCUGGUUUUGAAGACAAAAUCCGUACGGAGUUCCCAGCCCUGCAGAUAAGUUUUGAUCGUUUGCAGAAGAUAGUUAACCUGUGUGGACUGCCUGAGGAAGUUUACAAAGUGAAAGGGGAAAUGCUGGACAAUAUACGCAAAAUGGCAAAGAAAACGGUUAAUAUCCACCCCAAUCUUUUGCAGUUUUUAGCACAUAUUGAUAAUGAAACCCUGUCACAGAGCCUGCUGAUGUCAAAACAAGUUAGUGCCUUUUAUGAGCUUAGCAAAGAAGCUAUCCUCCUGAAAGGGAGUACUCCUGAAGAUCUUUCCAAAGCAGAAGAAAUAAUAAAGAAGGAACUGGACUACAAAAACAUUGCUUUGGAGAAUAGAUCUGUACUCCAGAGAGAGGAAUGGAAGAUGCUUGUUGAGCAAAACUGUUCUAAUGGAGAUGUAACAGUCACUGAGGCAGAGAGUCAGGUCAUCAUUGCUGGCUGUUCUCAAGCCGUAGCAGAAGCCUUUGAGGAGCUUUUUAACUUUAUAGAUGAAAACACAGAAGUAAUAGAGGUCAUUGGAGGGAAGCCCAUGGUGGUCAUUAUGUUUGCUGAGAAAGAGAAGAGCAGUGUUUGGGGUGACUUAAAGAAUAAAGGUGUGAAAGUUAGCUUCACCACAGAGAAGAAAUGCAGAGUUAUAUCCUUGAGUGGGCCAAGAAGAGAAGUGCUGAAGGGAGUUGCCUUAGUUGAGGAAAUUCUGUCUGGCCUGCAUCAUAAGCGUGUGGUAAUUGAAAAGCCAGGAGCCAAGUCAUGCUUCAAAGAGCGAGAAGACUUUUUUGCUGCCAGUGUAAAUCAGAACUUUAAGUGUCUAGUCAGGCUGGAAGAGGAACCAGAGGAACAUCUGGAAGGAAAACAGGAACAUAGUAACAUAGGCAAGUCCUAUAUGCGGGUGACCGUAGGUAAAACUGCAAUAGUGGUUUAUAAAGCUGACUUGUGCACUCAUCCUGCUGAUGUUGUGGUAAAUGCAGCUAAUGAAGACUUAAAACAUGUUGGAGGCCUGGCUGCUGCACUGUUAAAGGCAGCUGGUCCAGAACUGCAGCAGGAGUGUGAUGAGCUGGUGAGAAAGAAAGGAAUUUUUCACCCUGGGUUUGCAGUUGUCACAGGUGCUGGGAAACUCCCCUGCAAGAAUGUCAUCCAUGCUGUGGGGCCCAGGUGGAGGCAGAAUGAACCAGAUAAGUGUGUGUUCUUGUUGAAGAAGGCAGUGAAGAAAAGCUUACAGCUAGCUGAAACACUUAAUCAUCAUUCCAUAGCCCUUCCUACUGUAAGUGGAGGGAUUUUUGGCUUCCCUCUAGAACUGUGUACGUAUUCAAUUGUGUCCUCCAUCAGGGAGACCUUGGAAGAAUCUAUGGGGGAGAGCAGCUUGAAGGAGAUUCAUCUUGUGGAUAUUGUACAGAAUAACAUUGAGGCUUUCAUAAAGGCACUGAGAGAAGUGUUUUCAGAUAGUUCAUCUUCCUACAAGUCAGAGCAGCAGCCUAAGAAGAGCAAAAUUUCUCCCAAAGGUGAGAAGUUCGCCUUGGUAACAACUGAGGAAGGCCUUCACAUUACGCUGGAAAAAGGAAGCAUCGAAGAUGCUAAAACGGACGUUGUUGUCAUCAGUGUUCCCCAAGACCUCCAGCUUGAUAAAGGGCCACUUGCUAAAGCUUUGCUACGCAAGGCAGGGCCAAUGCUUCAGAAAGGCUUAAAGGAAGAAGGCCAAAAGAAAGCACUUGUGGAAGGAUCCGUGUUGAAAACAGAAGGUUAUAAUUUAGAUUGCACUGUUGUUCUUCAUGCUGUUGUACCUGCGUGGUCCAAGAAACACCCAUCUUUAAAGGUCUUGGGCAACGUCAUCACAGAAUGCCUGGAGAUUGCUGAGGAACUAUCUUUAAAGUCAAUUACUUUCCCAGCAAUUGGGACAGGAAAUUUAGGAUACCCAAAGCCUCUUGUUGCUGAAUUACUGUUUGACAAGGUGCUUGAAUUCAGUAGUAAAAAUGGAAUGCAGUCUCUUGAGGAAGUUAAUUUUAUGUUGUAUCCAGAAGACACAGAUAGUAUCGAGGAAUUUUCAGCUGAGAUUCAGAAGAGGUGUGAAAAUAAUGUAGAUGUUGAGGAGGAAGAGACUUCUCCAAAGAAGGCUUUCCAAGGCACAGCUUUCUCUGAUACUUCUUCAGGCCCAGCACAGAAAGCACAUGAAAUGACAAUUGGCUCGGUCAUGUUCCAGGUGGCAGAAGGCGAUAUUACCAAGGAAGAGGCAGAUGUCAUUGUAAACAUAACAAACAAAACUUUCAGCCUCAAAAUAGGUGUUUCUAAAGCAAUUCUGAAUGGUGCUGGAAAAGCAGUUGAAGGUGAAUGUGCUCAAGCCUCACAGUCUAACAAGAGCUUUAUCAUCACCCAAGCAGGAAACUUGCCAUGCAAAAAAAUAAUUCAUUUUGUUGCCCAAAAUGAUAUCAAGAAUCUAGUCUCCAGAGUGCUUGAGGAGUGUGAAUUACAGCAGUACACCUCUGUCACCUUCCCAGCAAUUGGAACAGGUGAGGCAGGCCGUGACCCAGCUGAAGUAGCAGACAACAUGAUAGAUGCAGUAGCUGACUUUGCAAGAAAUAACUCUGCUCCAUCACUGACAACCAUUAAAGUUGUCAUCUUUCAGCCACAUCUGAUGAGUGUAUUCCAUAAAAGCAUGCAGAAAAGAGAAGGUUUUGUCAAAACAGCCAAAGCAUUCUUUUCCAAGCUUACAUCAUUCUGGGGCUCUGAGAAGGAGAAAAACUUCUCCCCAAAGGAAAAAAAAAAAUCCCAGAAGAAAAGAGCUAAAAUAGUUCUGAAGAAUAAAAUCGAGCCGGCUGUGGUGCAGAUCUGUGGUGAAAACAAAAAUCAAGUGGAAGAAGCCGAGAAAUGGUUGAAAGAGGCAAUUUUAAAGGAACAGUUUGAAAUAGAAAUCACAGAUGAGUCUAUCCUUCAUUUUGGUGAAGCGCAGAGUGAGGAGCUGCAUAAGAUACAAGAGGAGUUAAAAGUUGCUAUUGAUGUGGAUAGGACUGUUAUUCGAAUUUCAGGUAUUGAGAAGGCUGUCUGGAUAGCUUAUUCAAAUAUUAAAGAAAUGAUCCAGAUGGUAAAAGCUGCUGAACAGGAAGAGAAAAGUGCCAAACUUCUACAGAACGUAAUAGAAUGGAAAUACCUAAAAGAUGAUUCCUAUGUGCGCUUCGACGUUCUCACAAAUAAGCGCUUGGAAGAUGCUUUCCAACAACAGCAGAAAGCUGUUGCAGUCAUCAUUGAUGGGAAAACAUACAUAGUGAAUACAAAAAUGAAGUGUGCUCUGGAUGAAAAAGAAAAUGUUAUAUCCAUUACACGUGUUGAUAAAUCUGAAGAUCAAGAGUCAACAGUGCUCCCUGAAACAUGGGAUGAUAUGCAGAGCCAGCGACUCAAAAUAGUGGAACUAAAACCAUCAACAGAAGAAUAUAGAGAUGUGCGGGCAAGGUUUAUGGAGACCUGUCCAACAUUCCAAAUUGUAAAGAUUGAAAGAAUACAGAACCAAUAUUUAUGGAAGGUCUACCAAAUAAAAAAGUGUGAAAUGGAUAAAAAGAAUGGCAACAGAAUUAACGAGAGGCAUCUGUUUCAUGGGACAAGCUGGGAGUCGAUAGUCUUCAUUAACGACAAGGGAUUUAACCGGAGCUAUGCUGGCAUGCAUGCUGCAAACUUCGGAAACGGAACGUACUUUGCUGUUGAUGCCAGCUACUCUGCCCAUGACACCUACUCCAAACCAGAUGCCGGUGGGAAGAAGUACAUGUACUUGGCUCGAGUCCUUGUUGGAGAAUAUUCUCAGGGGGUAAAAGGAUCGAUUACUCCAGCGGCAAAAGACCCUAAUAACUCUGUAGAUCUGUUUGAUAGUUCAACUGAUAAUGUGUACAAGCCAUCCAUGUUCAUCAUAUUUCAUGACGUUCAAGCUUACCCAGAAUACCUUAUCACUUUCACUAAAUAAGCAUUUUGAUUGCAGCCAAGAUCACACAUCUUAGAAGUCUGUGGAGGGCAGAAACACAAGAAAUUCAAUAACCGAUACAAUAAAUAGCUUUAUGAAGACUUUUCUUAAAGCCUGUUUACAUUUAAGCAACUUCUGGCAGUUUUGUAGAGUACCUAAAGAGGCUGCUGCUUUACACUUGGAGUAGCUGAUGGUAUUUACUUAGUCUUAAAGGUAGAGUAAUACUAAUACAGUAUACUAGGAAGGGGGGAGGGCUGGCAGGCACUUGGAAGGGAUCUUUAAGCCUCUCAUUGUCCAACAGUGCCUUUCUGAUGACUUCUUACACUCUCUACAGUACAGUCUAUAUUUGAAUUAUGAUACAGUGAUUUUCAAUAAACUAAUUGUAGUUAA